AUGGCACCGAACGAGAACGCAGUGCAUGCCCCGAACCGUGUCGUGGCACCGAACGAGAACGCAGUGGUAAGUCAGCCAAAGCAAUCACGAAGGCGAGCCAAGGCUGAGCGAAAAGUAAACUCAUCCUGUGGACGCUUUUACGACCGCGACAUCACCUUCGGGAUCACUCGACAAGCCUGCCCUGAAUCGUGUCGUUCGCCCGAUCUCAACCUAGCCUCGUCAAGCAUGCCCCCGAACCGUGUCGUGGCACCGAACGAGAACGCAGUGCCUGCCCCUGAAUCGUGUCGUUCGCCAGAUCUCAACCCAGCCUCGUCAAGCGUGCCCCCGAACCGUGUCAUGGCACUGAACGAGAACGCAGUGGUAAGUCAGCCAAAGCAAUCACGAAGGCGAGUCAAAGCUGAUCGCGAAGUAAACUCAUCUUGUGGACGCUUUUACGACCACGACAUCAAUCACGAUGACAUGGUCAACCGAAAGUACCAGAAGGAGUUGCAACCGGGCAACAUCGUUAUUGUCACCUUCAACAAUUCCGCGAGACUUGAGGGCUGA